AUGACCGUCGCGCAGCCGUGGGUGGAGAAGUACCGCCCCAGGAACGUGGACGAGGUCGCGCACCAGGAGGAGGUGGUGUCCACCCUCAAGAAGUCCCUGGAGACGGCCAACCUGCCGCACCUGCUGUUCUACGGCCCGCCAGGCACGGGCAAGACGUCCACGGCCCUCGCCAUCGCGCGGCAGCUGUAUGGGCCUGAACUGAUGAAGACGCGCGUCAUGGAGCUGAACGCCUCUGACGAGCGCGGCAUCAGCGUCGUGCGGCAGAAGGUCAAGUCGUUCGCGGCCGCGUCGGUCGGGCAGCCGGUGCCGGGCUACCCCUGCCCCCCCUACAAACUACUCAUCCUCGACGAGGCGGACAGCAUGACUCAGGACGCCCAGAACGCGCUGCGGCGCACAAUGGAGCAGUACUCAAAGGCAAGAGCGAGUUGUGGAUGA